UCAAAAAAAAAUUAAAAAGAUAGUUGUGUGUUAUGCUUGCUUUCUUCUUUUUCUUUUAAGAAAAAAAAAAUUCAUAUUAUCCAAUUUUAUAAAAGGGUUUAUAUAUGUCCAAACUCCAAUUCUCAUUCAUUUCUUCAUCAACAAGGGAAAAUUAAUAAGAUGAAGUCUUACAAUUCUUUACCUUUGGUUUUCCUUUUCUUUUCCUUCUUUCUUUUCCAUUAUUCCGCUGCAAGCAGCUCGGAUGUUCUCUAUCGUGCUUGCAAAGAUGCUGCAGAUGGCGACCCCAAUAUACACUACAAUUUUUGCGUGUCAUGUCUGGAAGAAAAUCCUAAGAGCCACAACGCUAGCCUCAAAGGAUUGUUCAAGAUCUCAAUCGGUCUAGCAAAAUCUAACGCGACGAGCAUCAAGUCCCUCGUUUCGAAACUCCUAACAAACAACAGCCUCAGUAAACAUGCCAAGAGUAGCUUGAAGACAUGCUCGGAGGUUUAUUCCGAGGCAAUUUCCGAUUUGAAAGAUGCUAUUGCAGCUUUCAAGUUGAAAGAUUACUCGACCACUAAUAUACGCAUAAGUGCCGCCAUGGAUGCUUCGGAUACUUGCGAAGAAGGUUUUAAGGAAGAAGGAGAUGUGUCUCCUUUGAAAAAGGAGGACAAUGAGUUCUUCGAAUUGACUGCAAUUGCUCUUGCUUUCCUCAGUAUGUUCCGUUCAUGAUAUAUGAGAAGUUUAUGAUUUUCCUAUGUUGUCACUAUUUUCCUUUUUAAUAAAUCAAAGUACUUCAUCAUGACAUUGGUGUACAUUAAUCAAACAGAUCUGUUUCU